CGAAGUUUGAGGAUCCUGCAAAAAUGAUGUGAUAACAAGUCGGAUUGCCAAGUCCAUUCUGAAACGGAUGUCUUUGGCUUAGAUCCUUGUCCAGAUUCUCCCAAAUACCUGGAAGUUCACUUCUCUUGCGUUUCACCCGACGAGAUGUAUCCAACACCCUCGCCCUACGAGGCCCCCUCAUGGGCAACGUCAAGCACCACUUCGUCAUCGUAUGACCUCUACAAACUAGGUUACUUGUCUCCUAAACCAACUGCACCCACGCACAAACCAGUUCGACCUCGAAACCGCGUACCGAUAACGGCUUCUCCCAAACCGGAAACCACCACCAAACUGGAGAAUCUCACAAAGGAAGAGAAGCUAGUCAGCAACAUUACGGCUCGAUUCAUCAGCUCCUCACUAACGUCCACUAAUAUCAUGGAUACCAGUGAGGCGCCUAUUGUCUUGACUUCCUCGCCCCAGCCCCAGAUCUCGUCGUCACUUCUCACCACCACCUCUAUUCCAUCCACUUCUUCGACCUUAAGAACAACAGAGUCAACGUUAGACCCUUCUACAGUUAUGGACUCUACUACUGCCAAAUCAAUCAACCCCGAUGCUACCACUGGAUUCUCCAAAUCGAUUUCCUAUUUACCAAGUUUUUCUCCUAAUAUCGCUUCUGACGUUUUAAUCACUACCCACGUGAUAUCAGAAUCAGACUUGGAAGGUCCUGUUCGCUUCUGUCCUCCGCGUGUUUUGAGAACACUGGAAUGGCCGUUGACGAGGAUUAAUCAAGAAGUUAGCAUGGCUUGUCCCAUGGGCACUCAAGGCAAGGCUCGAUGGAAAUGUUCGAAUGACUCGGAAUGGGAGACAAUGUAUCCGGAUUUGUCGGGAUGCAAAUCGCUCUGGUUGAUCAAGAUCCAUGAACAAUUGAAGAGAAAGGUGUCGUUGGUUCAUUUAGCAAAAGAAAUGGCCCACUAUACAGCCUUUAAUGGUCUAUUUGGAGGGGAUGUUAUGGCACUAAUUGAUGCUAUCGGAGUGAUGACUGAGAAGAUGCUUUACGAACUCCCUGAAAUUCCAACCAUCCAACAAAAAGAAGCCAUCGUCAUGGAAAUUGUCCAAAGCAUAAUCAAAACUGCAAGCAUCAUGGUAUCUCCUCAAAAUAAGGCGGGAUGGAUGGAUUUGGGUCCCAUGAAACAAAGAAGGACAAUGACUUUUUUCUCUCGCACUUUGAAGGCUGCUGGUCUUCUAUUGCCUCAAGCUGUUAAAGAAAAUCAAGAGAUCACUGUGUCGAGUCCAAAUAUCUUGAUGUCGGUUAAGAAGAUGAAUUUUAAUCAUAUGAUCCACAUGCGAUUCCCUAGCCACGCUUCCAAAGCCACGAAAGAGUGGAUGAGUUAUCAAGACACAAUCGAUGUUCCAUCUUUAGUCAUGAUGGAGAACAUGGAUCGUUCCGGAGCAGAGAUGAUCUUCUUUGCUUUCAAGGACGUCGCCUCGUUGAUUGGAUUUGACCAGCAUGAAGGGAUUCAAGGCUUCAUCAAUUCGCACAUUGUGUUUGCCUCCAUGAAGGUCAAACACAAACCUCUGUUACCCCAGCCUUUGAAGAUGACCUUCGAGCACAUUUUCAAGAACAAUGUUACCAAUCCUCAAUGCGUCUUUUGGGAUGAGCGACUUCAUGAAUGGUCACGGCAUGGCUGCAAGCUAGUUGACACCAAUCAAACCCAUUCAGAAUGCCUUUGUGGUCAUUUGGGAAUGCUAGCUCUGAUGGAGGAGGCCAAGGAGGUUCCAGAACAAACUGGAUCACACGUGGCCAUUGUCCUGAGCAUUGUUGUCCUCUUAUUUGUAAUCUUUGUGAUUGUUGUUGUAUGUGGUCUCGGAUUCGACUACUUCCGAAAGGUUCAGAAUCGUCGCAAAUGGAGAAAUACUUGCCACAAAGGAAAAUUGCCCUGCUUCCAACAAGACAAUGCUGACACGCCAUCUAGAAAUAUUUACGUUACACACCAGCAAGGAAGUUUCACCACACCCAGUAUGGAAUACUACAUGGAGAUUGGACCCAAUCAAGCCAAUCAAGUCCACCCUCGCCCUCAAGCUGGUCCACAGAGUGCAUGCUCGUCCAUUCGAAGAAAGUCUACUGCCAUGGAUUAUUUUACGGAGAUUCGACAUCACAACGCGGUUGGCACGCCAGAAAGACCAUUGCUAACAGAUGCUCAAAUACCCCACACGUCACCUGAUCGAGCCAGUAUAUCCCAACACAUUUACGUGGAGGUUGGCAGUGGCUUGGAAGAAGGUUCCAUGGCUCCGUACCAACGACCAGAGGGCGUGAAUCACUUUCAACCAAUCCAAAUCCCAAUUCUCGCCGCAGGGAGUUCAAAUAGCUCUCAAAGCAGUGGCUAUUACAGCGCUGGAAUGAUCCAUCGGGACUUUCCCGUCCCGCAUUCCAGAACCCAUUCCCCUUUGGAACGUCCCAGACCACCAAGAGCGUCAUCUAGUCAUCAGCUGCAUGCUUCUAAAACAAUGGCGGCCGAGUCGAAUGUCAUGAAUGUUUCCACAAUCGCCGCCAGAAGGCGACUCGUUGAAUUCCAGGAUAGUCAGUUCAUUUGAAUUCAAGAUUUGUAAUCGUUCAAGAAAUGAGGAAAUCUGUGAAUGUCUUCGAAAACAAUGCUAUAUAACAGAGAGAACAAUAGUCGUGUUUUUGUGAUUUGUCGUCAGUUAUGUUCAUUCAGCAAUAUACGUACAAUACAAGUAAUAUAAAUACAAUUUUAAUUCAAAGGCUG